AUGGGGGCAGGGUCUGGUGGAGGUGGCCUGUGGGUGGCGCUCUGGUGGCGGGUGGGUGGCCCUGUGGUAGUCGGGUGGUGGCCCUGUGGUGGUCGUGGUGGUGAGGCUAUUUCCGGUGGCACGGCGAGGGGUCGGUGGGCACAGGGAAGCUGCAGGCGACGAGGGGUCGGUGGGCGCAGUGCGGGCGGGGCAGCGCAAAGGCGGGGGUCGGGAAGGCAGACGUCGGCAGGGCCAGGGGCUGACGGGAAGCCAGGGGCCGACGGGCUCGGAGGGCACCAAAGUAGGCCGAGGGGCACUAGUGGUGGUUGGGAAGGCAAGGCCGGCGGUGGUGCCCGCACGAAAAGCUACAGGCUUGCAAAGCAGUGGACCCCACGGUACCCUGGAUACCAUGGGGAAACCCCAAAAAAAAAAGUUGCUUUUUUUUAA